GCCCCGUCGGGAAACCGCGGGCAGCUCGGCGGCGGCGGCGGCGGCUGUGCCUCGGCGCGAUCGGAUGUGGUUAGAACCUUGAGGAACUGAGGGUUCCAGAGAGAGCGAACGCUUUAGGCGACCAGCUCGGAUCCAGAGAGCCGGUGCUCUGGAGAACGUCGGUUUAACCCGAGGUCUCCCUCUCUCCAGAGGAAAGAAAAGGAACACAGGUGUCCGCCUCUCCAAGAGACCACAGGCAGUGCCUGCAUGAGGGUGCAGAAGUGACGGGUGACUCCGGGAGGCCUUCCUGGAGGAGGCUGAGGCCCCAAGCGUGGCCACUGUGGCAUGUCACACUGUUUCUAAAGUGAGAUACGAGACCCGGUGCUGCCCCCCUGGGGAUCCGGCUGGGGAGAUGAGGUUCCUUCGCCGGCGCCACAUGCCCCUGCGCCUCGCCAUGCUGGGCAGCGUCUUCAUGCUCUUCCUCUUCAUGAGGCAGAAGGAGGGGAGCAGCCGGGAGCAGGCGGUGGAGAAGCCGUGGCUGAAGUCCCUGGUGGGCCGGAAGGAUCGUGUCCUGGGCCUCAUGCUAGGUGCUGUGAACAACAUCCGAGACGCCAUGCCCAAGCUGCAGAUCAGGGCUCCCGAACCCCAACAGGCUCCGGUCUCCACAAACCACUCCUGCCUCCCGGGGUUCUACACCCCUGCUGAGCUGAAGCCCUUCUGGGAACGGCCACCCCAGGACCCCAACAGCCCUGGGGCAGAUGGAAAAGCAUUUCAGAAGAGAGGAUGGACCCCACUAGAGACCCAGGAAAAGGAAGAGGGCUAUAAGAAACACUGCUUCAACGCCUUUGCCAGCGACCGCAUCUCCUUGCAGAGGUCCCUGGGGCCCGACACCCGGCCUCCCGAGUGUGUUGACCAGAAGUUCCGGCGCUGCCCGCCCCUGCCCGCCACCAGCGUGGUCAUCGUGUUUCACAACGAGGCCUGGUCCACUCUGCUGCGCACGGUGUACAGCGUCCUGCACACCAGCCCUGCCGCCCUGCUGAGGGAGGUCAUCCUGGUGGACGACGCCAGCACGGACGAACACCUGAAGGAGAGGCUGGAGCGGCACGUGCAGCAGCUGCAGAUCGUGCGCGUGGUGCGGCAGCGCGAGCGGAAGGGGCUCAUCACGGCGCGGCUGCUGGGUGCCAGCGUGGCGCGGGCCGAGGUGCUCACGUUCCUGGACGCACACUGCGAGUGCUUCCACGGCUGGCUGGAGCCCCUCCUGGCUCGCAUCGCCGAGGAUAAGACAGUGGUAGUGAGCCCCGACAUUGUCACCAUCGACCUCAACACCUUCCAGUUCUCCAGACCCGUGCAGAGAGGCAAAGUCCACAGCCGUGGCAACUUCGACUGGAGCCUGACCUUCGGCUGGGAGACGCUCCCCGAACACGAGAAGCAGAGGCGCAAGGAUGAGACGUACCCCAUCAAAUCCCCGACGUUCGCCGGCGGCCUCUUCUCCAUCUCCAAGGCCUACUUUGAGCACAUCGGCACCUACGACGACCAGAUGGAGAUCUGGGGAGGAGAGAAUGUGGAAAUGUCCUUCCGGGUAUGGCAGUGUGGGGGACAGCUGGAGAUCAUCCCCUGCUCUGUGGUAGGCCACGUGUUCCGUACCAAGAGUCCCCACACCUUCCCCAAGGGCACCAGCGUCAUUGCGCGCAACCAGGUACGCCUGGCUGAGGUGUGGAUGGACAACUACAAGAAGAUUUUCUACAGGAGGAAUCUGCAGGCAUCGAAGAUGGCCCAGGAGAAUGACUUCGGUGACAUUUCGGAGCGACUGAAACUGAGGGAACAGCUAAGCUGCCACAACUUCUCCUGGUACCUGCACAAUGUCUACCCAGAGAUGUUUGUCCCUGACCUGAACCCCACCUUCUACGGAGCCAUCAAGAACCUCGGCAGCAACCAGUGCCUGGAUGUGGGCGAGAACAACCGAGGAGGAGGGAAGCCUCUCAUCAUGUAUGUCUGCCACAACCUCGGCGGCAAUCAGUACUUUGAGUACACAUCCCAGAGGGAUCUUCGCCACAACAUUGGGAAGCAGCUGUGUCUACACGCCAGCGCUGACACGCUGGGCCUCAGGAGCUGUCAGUUCGUUGGCAAAAACAGCAAAGUGCCCAAGGACGAGGAAUGGGAACUGACCCAGGACCAGCUCAUCAGGAACUCAGGGUCUGGCACCUGCCUGACGUCCCAGGACAAAAAGCCGGCCAUGGCCCCCUGUAACCCCCGGGACCCCCUCCAGCUCUGGCUGUUUGUCUAGGCCUGGGACCAUUCCUGGUGCAGGCCCAACAAGCUCCCCAGGAAGUGGGGUCACCAGGCAUCUGGGAGUCUUCUCCUAGCUCCUCUGGAGGCCUGAGAGUUGGAUGUCUAAGCCCAGCGGCCAACAGGGCAGGACCCUCCCACUUCCUGCAGUCACUACUCUCUUUCCUCUGUACCGGAGGAAGAGCCAGGGGCCACAUGCUAGUUGGACCAGGCCUCUCCUCUCCUCGAGACAGUGGCCUCCGAAGAGCCUAAAAGUGUGCUGCAGAGGGAUGGAAGUGCAGAGACCCUCCCUUGCUAGCACACGCCCUAAGGGCAAGCGGUGGAGAUGUACACCGAGUGCCUUUACCCACGUUGCUUGCACAGUUACCCUCGGAAGAGACAGGAAGGAGCUCAGCCCGUUGUGUCAGUGAGAAGGUUGAGACUGAGCUGGGAUAAUGUUUAGGGAAAGGUCCUGCCUUCGACCACCUCGCACCACAGAAAACUGAAAAGAAGGGAGACCAGGAGAGGAGAGCAGGCAGGGAGACGCAGAGGCUCAGGCUGGGGCCGAGGCUGCAUCUUUGGUGCUGAACCUGGGCUCUUCCGCACACAAGCACACUAGGCAAUGAGCUGCCAGCCUGGCCAUUCUUUGACCCCUCUCUGAUCGUUCUGGCUGGCUGGCCUCCAGCAAGAUGGGAGGCCGCACUGAAGGCCCCCUUUGUUUUAAGCCAUGUUUAAAGUGAUAAAAUGCAAAGCAGGAAGUAGACGUGAAGGCACAGGCUUGUAGUCUUGGGACUCAGAGACUGAGGGAGGAAGGUUCUUCAGUGCAAGGCCAGCCUGAGCGGCAGAGCUAGACCUUGUCUCUAAAGCCACGGAAACCAGCACGGGGCAUGUGGAGGGCGCGGCCUCGCAGCCCUGAACUCCGGCAGCCCGCUUUUUAUAUUUAUUCUUCAGCAGAAACUAGGCAGGUGCUUUGUCCAGGGAAGGUGUUUGUGGGCUCUGAGCCCAGACCCCAGAUAAGGCUAAUCAGCAUGCGAGCGGGCCAGGCACAGUGUGCAGAUGGCAGAGGACUGGCCCGUCUGAACGAGCAUCCUGUGUGGAGCUGCACUGAGAAUGCCAACCCCCCCACAUUCAACCUGGAGCCCACCAGUACUGGAGGAGAACAGAAACGCCCUGGAAGGCUUUGGGGAGCAUAGUAGCAAGCUGUCGCCACACGAGGGCACCAGGGGACCACGGCUGCUCUCCUGGGAAAAGACCAGGCGUGGUCCAGCCAGAAGGAAGGAACCUCGCCAGGCUGAGAUCCUGGGUGGGGUGCCAAGGCGCAGACUGAUAUGGAAACCUGGUGGAAAUAAAGGUUGUUUGUAUUGGG